AAAAUAACAUAAGGGGGGUAAACCUGCAGAAGCUGCAGCUUGCUCAGUGUGCUUUGGAGAUAACUUUGCCUCUCUGCAAACCUUCACCAUGGUCGACACCUUCUGUGCCACUUGGAAACUGAUUGAAAGUGAGAAUUUUGAUGAGUAUAUGAAAGGACUUGGUGUUGGCUUUGCCACCAGGCAGGUUGGUAAUGUGACUAAGCCAACUGUAAUCAUCAGCCAGGAGGGAGACAAGGUGGUGAUCCGCACCCAGAGCACCUUCAAGAACACAGAGAUCUCCUUCAAGCUGGGAGAGGAGUUUGAUGAAACCACUGCUGAUGACAGAAACUGCAAAUCCACAGUGACUCUGGAGGGGGACAAGCUGGUCCACGUCCAGAAGUGGGACGGCAAAGAGACCAAGUUUGUCAGAGAAAUCAAGGACGACAAGCUGGUCAUGAAUCUGACCUUCGAAGACAUCCACGCAGUGCGUACCUAUGAGAAGGCAUGAGUGCUCUGAGUGACAGCCUCCCAAAACUGGCCAAGAAGUGAUGGGUUUAUAAAUAUUGUUGACUGUAUGCUUCUCUUUGCACUUCAUUCUCCUCCAUAUGUAAAAGCAAGCUGCAAGCUGCACCAAUUUUUUAAGUUUUUUUAUAUGAAUACAUUUCUGUCAUGAUGGAUGGAUCAUCUUUGCAACCCUGUGUGGAAAUACAAAAUAAAAAAAGGGAAAAAAAAAGAAUUUAA